CUUUGCCACUGAUCCCAGAGCCAGGUCAGCCCAUACAAAGCCGAGCCUCCUCUCUGGCAGGGUGGCAGGACUGCACGGGUGCAGCUCUCACCAUGUCCACCCCAGGGCAGGCUCCUCAGUUGCUACUGCUGCUGUUCACCCUGCUGCCAGCCAAAGGCUCAGUCCCCAUAUGGUGCUUCACCCAGUAUGAGGAAUCUUCUGGCAAGUGCCAGGGCUUCCUGGGGAAAGGUAUCCGUGUGGAAGACUGCUGUCUCAACCCUGCCUAUGCCUUCCAGGAGCCUGGCAGCAAGCUCUGUCAGGCAUGCAGGUCCCCACGAUGGUCACCAUGGUCUGCGUGGGCCCCCUGCUCGGUGACCUGCACUGAGGGAUCCCAAUUGCGGCACCGGCGCUGCAUAGGCCGUGGUGGGCAGUGCCCCGAGAAGGUGGAGCCCGGGACCCUUGAGUGGCAGCUGCAAGCCUGUGAGGACCAGCCGUGCUGUCCUGAGAUGGGUGGCUGGUCCAACUGGGGGCCCUGGACCCCUUGCUCUGUCACCUGUUCCAAAGGGACCCGGACCCGUCAGCGAAUAUGUAACCAACCCACCCCCAAGUGUGGCGGCCAGUGCCCAGGAAAACCACAGGAGUCUGAGACCUGUGACACCCAGCAGGUCUGCCCCGUACACGGGGCCUGGGCUGUUUGGGGCCCCUGGAGCGCCUGCUCGGGUUCCUGCCACGGUGGACCCAGCGCACCUGCCGAGAGUCGAAGCCGCAAGUGUUCUGCACCUGAGCCCUCCAAGGUGCCUCCUGGGAAGCCCUGCCCAGGGUCAGACCAUGAGAAGCGGCCCUGCUCUGGUCUGCCACCCUGCCCAGUGGCUGGGGGCUGGGGGGCGUGGGGCCCUGUGAGCCCCUGCCCUGUGACCUGUGGCAUGGGCCAGACCCUGGAAAAACGGAUGUGUAAUCACCCUGUGCCCCAGCAUGGGGGCCCCCCCUGCGCUGGUGAUGCCGUCCGAACCCACAUCUGCAAUACAGCUGUGCCCUGCCCUGUGAAUGGAGAGUGGGGGUCCUGGGAGGAGUGGAGCCCUUGCACCCGUCGGGGCAUAAACAACAUCAAGUGUAAGGCGAUCCCAGGCCAGCAGACACGCUCCAGGAGCUGCAAGGGCCGCAAGUUUGAUGGACAGCGGUGUGUUGGAGAACAACAAGAUAUCCGUCACUGUUAUAACAUCCAACACUGUGACUGGAAAGGCUUAUGGUCAGAGUGGAGUACCUGGGGGCUGUGCGUACCCCCGUGUGGACCCACGCCCAUCCGCACCCGCCAGCGCCUCUGCAUGGCCCAGCUCCCCAAGUUCUCGCCAACCAUUACUGUGGUCGAAGGUCAAGGUGAGAAGAACGUGACCUUCUGGGGGAAACCGUCAGCACAGUGCGAGACGCUGCAGGGGCAGAAGGUGGUGGUGGAGGAGACUCGGCCAUGUCUACACGUGCCUGCCUGCAAAGACCCUCAGGAUGAGAAGCCUUAACACCUGUCUCUUCUGCCCUGAUCCCCUGACCUCCCAGACCUCAAUAAAUGAGCCUCUU